AUGUCUCUGGAAACCGGAAGAGAAAUCAAUGGGCGAGUGACAACGGCGAUGCCCAUCACUGACGACGUGAUCAAGAGAGUGGAAGAACUCGGACUUGAACAACAGCAGCCGUAUCGAGAAUCGAAAAUGCUGAAGUAUGAAUGGCGACCAGGACAACCGAUCACCGCGGAUGACAUCGUUGCACCUGCUGAGGCAGCACAAGACCCCCUAAUCUUGCCUGAACCUAUCGUCAUAAAUCUACCAAAUGCUGAACCCAAUCCUUUCGUACCUAUUGAUGUGGAUGAUCUGCCAGGAGCGGAUGAAAUUGAGACAGAACUACCGGACAAUCAAGAGGAACAAGGGGGGGAAACUCAAGGAGCGCAAGGAGCGGAAACUCAAGGAGCGCAAGUCGAAGCACUGGUCGAAGAUCAAGGAGCGCAGAACGGCAACCAAGAGCAACCACAAGACGUGAUAGAAGAAAAUGAUGAAAACGAAGAUGACGAUUUCUCGGCAGAAGUGGAUGCGACUGACGAUGAAACGGAAGAUGAAGCUGAUGCCGACAAUUUGGGAGAUACCGAAGAGGACGUGGCAACAGCGGACGAGACGGAGGACGGGGACCAAACAGUAGUAGUGGCAGCCAGUAAUCCGGAGGACAAAGAACGAAGAGGAGGCCAUCUUGACACGAACGAAGGAGAAGACUUCGGAAGAGGAAAGAGAGAACGAAAACCCGCUGAAAAGUAUUCAGCAUUGCAAACAACAGGGAUCAAGAAGACCUCUGGAAAGGUAAAGGGAAAGGUGAACAGCUUUCAGAGGAGAAAAAGAGCCGCUCACAAUAAGAAAAGAAAUAAGACUAGCAAAAGUUCGAUCACGAAAAGAUCGGCAAAUAAAAAGAAGGCCAAAAGGAAAAGGAUUUCCUUUUCGUUUUUGAACAAGAGGUUCGAAGAUUUGGAAAAGGAAGAAAAGGUGGAUUUCUUCACUUGUGCAUGGGAGGAACACCAGCUCACCGGAAAGACUCACCUUUUGGAGCGAUAUACC